GCUGUUAAGUGUUUGUUCAGUAACACUGUGGUUGUUGUACUCUAAACUUAGUUUUACUCGUACACAGACUUAAAUCAGAGUGUGAUUUCAGUGUGGCAGCUUUUUUUCCUUCAUCUACAACAAAGCAAUGAAAAUGAAGUUUGUUGAGCUGGGGGACUCCAUCAGUCGCUUCAGGUUCGCUCAGUCCUGCCUGGGCUUAGCAGGUUGCCUGUGCGUGACCUAUGCCGUCUGGACGCCGUUCUGGCUGAAUGGGAAGGGGCUGUGGACCGAGUGGAGCAACACCACGAGCGAGCAGAUCAGACCAAAUCGUCAAGAUGAUAUCGUCUUCAGUGCUGUAGAAGCAGAGAGAGUGUUUGGAGUUCUUGCCUUCCUGACGGCCGUGAGCACUGCCGCUCUGUGUCUGGUGUUUGCCCUCUGCUGGACGUCUCAGACAGUGCGUUCCUACUCCAACACUCGCUCCCUCCUGAUGGCAGGGCAGGCGCUCUACCCCACCACCCUGCUGCUGCUCACCAUGGCCUCCACAGGCUUCUUCUUCCUCCUGAGCUGGUCGUUUUUCACCUAUCAGCACCGGGAAGAAAUCCGCCAGGACUUCUCUCAGCUUGGAUCCUCCUACUGGCUUGGGGCUUUAGGCUGGAUCCUGCUGUUGAUCGUGGAGUUGAUAGUCUUUAUCGCUGAACAAGCUAUUGUGCCCGACAUCGUACCGGACUUAGAGAAGGCUGUGGAAUCAUGGCGGACUUCUGCUCAACUUAAGGCUGCUAAACGGUCUUUCAGUGACGGUUAUUACCCCGUUACCCUCAGCAGCAACAUAGCUCCAAAGAGGUAUAUGUCAGCACCUUGAACUGAGAAAAACUGAUAGAGAAAAUGAUUGUAUACGUGUAAGCUACACUUGACACACACACAGACUCAGUACUGGAAUUCAGUGCUGGCGAGAGGAAUUAAGCUUCUCUGAAUCCUCAAAGUCACUGGGACUGAAGGCUUCCGCUUCCUGAAGCGCUGAUUGUGGUGGUCGUUCUCAGCAAGGACGGAAAUAAAAUAAAAACACUAAGAACCAGUAAUACUGACUAAAAAAAUGGCCACCAAAUGGAAGAUCCCAACUGUUCUCUGACAAAGGGAUAUGUAGUCUUGGGUUUGCCUAAUUUUGUGUUUGCAAAAAAAAAGGUUUUGAUCAAGCUUACCCCUCAGCCAGGAACAGAUCCAGGAGUGAAGGGCUUCCUGUUGAAUACAUGUGAAAAAAACACUGUCAGAAAACAUCACUUUGCUACGUUUACCUGAAAGUUUCAGCGUCUGCUGCAGUGUACUUGAUGAAUGUUAAAAUGGUGCUGUCUUGUGAUGACUGUGUGAGACUUUGAACAGUAAUUCUCAUGUCAAGAAAAAUGGCAAGAUAAAUGUCUUAUUUUUAAGGAGAGGGUUUUUUUUUGUUGUUGUUCCUUUCCACUGUUGCCAAGUGCUCGCUCAAAGGAAAUCCACAGAAAACUCUGGAUUUGUUGGGUUCUCAGUUAAAAAUCUGUCAGGUCUUUACUAUGUAAAGUGCUGUGGGAUGACAUAUGUUGUGUAUUAGUUCUAUAUAAAUAAAAUGGAAUUGAAUGAA